GUGCAUUUCGUAAUACAUGUACAGGUAUUCUGUAUAUGUAAUUUAACGUCAUAAAAUCAUACACGCUUUUCUUAACUCCGUCACUUUUUGAAAACUUGUGUCCGGUGAUAGAUCAAGGGUAUUUGAAUUCUGAAAAUAAAUAUGGAUUUUGCAACUUUGGACAUGGAAAAUAGGGACCCAAAUGAUAUUAAUAAUCAUUUGAAGACAGCUUUCGACGACGUAUUGGCGGAAGUAGAUGGCACUCAUAGCAUUGACUGCAUUUGGAAGGCGUCUUAUGCCUGCUUUCACAGUUGCAAGAGUUGUUGCUACAACAUCUUCACAUUCUUCUGCGGGAUCUGGAUAGCAUGUUUCUGGGGACUGGAUUUUGCUCUCAUCUCCUUUGCGCAUGUGUGGUGUGUGACCCCCAUUCUAAGGAUGUGCAUGAUUCACUUCAACCUUUGCCAGAAGACCUUCGGAACCUGGGUCAAUUGUUGUUGUGCUCCUUGUUGCGAGGUGUUCAGCCUAAUUUUCUCUAAUAUCAGGGUAGAGAAAAGGUAACCUCCGGUCUGUCCUAACGUCGAAUUUCGCUUGACAAUGUGAUUGGAAAAAACCCCUGAUGUCUUGUGA